GGGUGAUACGAGUUACAAGUUCGAGUUGUGGGACGGCCACGCCUUUGAGUUGCGCCGUCUGUGCGAGUGAAACAGAGAUGGGACGAUUCUCUUUCUAAAUUUUGUGCUUUUGCACUUUCGGAAGCUUCGGAUUAUUGUUGAGAAAGAACUGCUGUCAAAUGGCACAACCAAUCUAAAAAUGUCAACACUUUAAAGUCGUCCCAAUAAUGUAAAAUUUUGUAUUUUUAAUAAAAUGGCAACGCAAAAGCCGGGAGAAUGGGCUAACACUCUGAUUGUGCGUUUUGAGGAGCAGCUGCCUUGCCGGAUUGGUCCUCAAACCAGCCAUUCGCGGAUAAACGAGGAACAGAAUAAGGCUUGCAUUAUACAGAUUUCCAAAUACCGUUUUGCUUUAGUAUUAGAUGGUUUUGUUAAAGUUUUGAAACGAAUCCAUGAACUGUAUCAGACUGGAACAUGUGGGGCACCACGGCAACAUGGUCCAGAAUUAGAGAAAAACUACUAUGACAGUCUGCUUAUAGUUUUAGAAACCUUAGAGAAAUGUUUUAGCCAGCAGCCAAAAGAUUCAAUAACUCUCACAAUGGAAGAAAAUCAAAAUUUAAAGUCUUUGUUGAAGGAAAUUUGCGCGUUUUUAGAUAUGUCAAACGAUAAUCCCAACACACAUGCAAUAAAAGUGUUAGCCAGUAAAGUUUUGUUUGCUUUGAGUGUUAAUUUCUUUAAUGCUGUCUUUAAUCGAAUCUCGUCAAAAUUACAAGAGCUUGCAUCAUGCCCAGACGAAAACCCUGAUUACAGUGAUAUUGAACUAAUUCAGCACAUAAAUGUUGAUGUUAAUAGACUUACCAGAUUGCUAACAGAAGCCAUUCAAAAAUUCCGCUUACUCAAAAAAUCGGCACAUCUCGUUUUCGUAAACUCCUUAGAAAAAGCCAUCUGGAACUGGAUGGACCACUACCCGUAUGAGUUCGCUGAAUUACAGAAAAACACAAAUGAGGAGUUAUCCAAGUGCUGUGAACAAUUAUUUGACAUAUUGGACAACUUCGCUGAUAACAAGAAGGGUCGUGCCGCCGUCUGGUCUCUCCAAAUCAUGCUUCUAAUCCUAGCUCCUAAAGUCCUUGAAGAAAUCGUAAACGCUGAUAGUGGUGCUCCUUGUUCCCCUAGACAUAAUAAAAAGAAGCAAUUUAUCGAUGCAAUAAAACGCGGCAUAGGACCUCACGGAAACUCAAGUAAACAAUUAACUGAAGCCGCGGCAGUUACGUGUGUGAAGUUGUGUAAGGCUUCCACUUACAUCAACAACAAAGACUCCAAUAAUGUUGCAUUCACUCUGGUCCAAAGUGUCAUUAAUGACCUUAAAUCGCUGCUCUUUAAUACCACAAAACUCUUCUCCCGAGGCCAAAAUUACCUGUACCAGGACAUGGACCUAAUGAUCGACUGUUUUGUUUCUUGUUUCCGUAUCAAGCCACACAAUAACGAGGCAUUGAAAGUCUGCCUGAACCUCAACUCACCUUCCGUUUACCAUUUCGUGUUAGUCCGAUCGCUUUAUCGCAUUGUUACCGAGUCGAAACUCCACUGGUGGCCCAAAAUCGAUUUAGUUUAUAGCAAAUCGUCUGAACUAAGAGCAAUGUUUACCGAUACGCUAAAUAGAGUUGCUCAAGGUUGUAUCGCACACACUCCCUUACGCAUGAUACAAUCGCUAACACUCAAAGGUAAAGACUCGCAAGCUAAGUUCAAAGAACGAGCUGAAGAAGUGCCUGGUCAUAGGAAUUUAUUACUGUAUAUGGUGCGGCUGAUUCACGCCGACCCAAUGCUAAUGCUGAACAAUCAAGGAAAAGCCGGCCAUGAAAUCCAAAGUUCCACGUUAGAAUUGAUAAAUGGUUUGGUGUCACUUGUUCAUCAACCAACGAUGCCAGACGUCGCACAAGAAGCAAUGGAAGCCUUAUUAGUUUUACACCAUCCCGAGAAAAUCGAAGUUUGGAACCCCGAAGCACCAAUUAACACCUUUUGGGAUGUUAGUUCGCAAGUGUUGUUCUCGAUAUCGCAAAAGUUGAUCCAACACCAAAUUAUGAACUAUACCGAUAUUCUCAAGUGGUUGCGGGAGAUUUUGAUUUGUAGAAACGCCUUUUUGUCUAGGCAUAAGGAAUACGCGAACCUCGGUAGCCAAAUACCGAUAUGCAAACAAGCCCACAUAAAACUAGAGGUUGUCUUCUUUAUGUACUUGUGGAGUAUUGACAUGGAUGCUGUCUUAGUAGCGAUGAGUUGUUUCGCAUUACUGUGCCAAGAAGCUGAAAUCAGAUGUGGCUCAGACGAAGUCACUGUGACCUAUCUGGUACCAAACUAUCACGUGUACCAAGAACUGGCCCAAGCCUCUACCGUUUUAACCACAGCCAGCGGGGAAUCCAGAAUGUGUUUCCCGGAACAUGCCAACGGCCGGGCCGCCUUGCAAAAACGCAUAAUGGCCCUUUUGCGCAAAAUCGAGCACUGCGUAAACGGCGUGCAACCAGCCUGGGAAGAAACAUUCAUGAACUGGAAUUCUAUGUCAAAGAACCUAUCCUCGUACCCUAAAGCAAAGGUGGAGGACGGCCAAAUGGAGCCGUUCCACAGAUCCAUGGGAAAACGAAGAGCAUCGCAUCAAAACUCCGAACAUGAGUUAGAGGAACAAAUCAACGAGUGGGCCAACAUGACUGGAUUUUUAUGUGCUUUGGGCGGUGUCUGCUUACAGAGAAAAUCACCAUCGAGACCCACAUUAUCGGCAUCGUCCCACUCCAGUCUAUCCACAGCUACCAUCAGCUCGAUCGGCUCUAGUAGCCUGGCUGAGAGUCGCAAAUCUAGUGUCUUAACAGGGGCGCCACAGGAACAAAGACAGUACUGUCCGGUCACUCAAUUUGUCGAUCUGCUGCUCCGUUUGCUGGUCUGCAAUAAUGAAAAAUUCGGGGCCCAGAUCCAGAAACACGUCAAAGAGCUAGUCGGGCAUGAAAUGUCCUCAGCGCUGUAUCCUAUUCUGUUCGAACAAAUCAAAACAAUCGUUGAUAAGUUUUUCGACCAGCAGGGCCAAGUCGUAGUCUCAGAUGUCAAUACUCAGUUCAUUGAACACAUAAUUUUCAUAAUGAAAAAUAUCCUAGAUAGCACUAAAAACGACCAACCCUCCGAGCACUUAGGCGUCACAAGCAUCGAAGGCAUGAUGUUGGCCAUAGUCCGCUACGUGCGCCAUCUGGACAUGACCGUCCACGCAAUACAUAUUAAAACAAAACUGUGCCAACUCGUUGAAGCUAUGAUGAAACGGCGUGACGACCUAGCUUUCCGCCAGGAAAUGAAGUUCAGGAACAAGCUAGUCGAGUAUUUGACUGACUGGGUCAUGGGGACCUCGCACCAAAUAGCGCCGCCUAGUUCGGGCGACGUUACUAUGAUCACCCGCGACCUGGACCAGGCCUGUAUGGAGGCCGUGGCAGCGCUUCUGAGGGGGCUGCCGCUGCAGCCGGAGGAGUCAGACCGGGGCGACCUGAUGGAAGCCAAAAGCCAACUCUUCCUCAAGUAUUUCACGCUCUUUAUGAACUUACUAAACGACUGCUCGGACGCCACCGAAGUCGAGAAGGACGUCUCGAGGCAAAGGGUGAACGCUGGCAAGCUCAGCACUUUGCGGAACGCCACCAUCCAGGCCAUGUCCAACUUGCUGUCGGCCAACAUCGACAGCGGGUUGAUGCACUCCAUUGAUUUGGGUUACAAUAAAGACUUGCAAACGCGUGCCGCUUUUAUGGAAGUCUUGACUAAAAUUUUGCAACAAGGGACUGAGUUCGAUACGUUGGCUGAAACAGUGUUGGCUGAUCGGUUCGAACAGUUGGUACAGUUAGUGACGAUGAUAAGCGAUAAAGGCGAGUUGCCGAUCGCCAUGGCUUUAGCCAACGUAGUCACAACGUCACAGAUGGACGAAUUAGCGCGGGUUUUUGUGACUUUAUUCGACGCCAAACACCUCUUGUCCCCCCUGCUUUGGAACAUGUUUUACCGAGAGGUUGAAGUGUCGGACUGUAUGCAAACCCUGUUCCGUGGCAAUUCGCUCGGGAGCAAAAUCAUGGCGUUCUGUUUCAAAAUUUAUGGUGCUAGUUAUUUGCAAUGUUUGUUGGAGCCGUUGAUUCGGCCCUUGCUGGACGAUCCGUGUUGUAGUUUUGAGGUAGACCCGGCUAGAUUAGAACCUAAUGAAGAUAUCGCCGAAAAUCGGCAAAACUUGAUAGCUUUGACUCAGAAAGUGUUCGAUGCGAUUGUGAGCAGCGCCGAGAAGUUCCCGCCUCAGUUGAGGUCGAUGUGCCACUGUUUGUACCAAGUUUUGAGUAAGCGUUUCCCCCAAUUUCCCCAAAACAACAUCGGUGCCGUGGGUACGGUGAUUUUCUUGCGGUUCAUCAACCCUGCGAUUGUCUCGCCGCAAGAGAUGGGCAUUGUCACCAAGCAAGUCCCCACGUCGGUGAAGCGGGGGCUAAUGCUGAUGUCAAAAAUUCUACAAAAUAUCGCUAAUCACGUCGAGUUUAGCAAGGAGCAGCACAUGUUGCCGUUUAAUGAUUUUCUAAGAGCACAUUUUGAGAUUGGGAGGAGAUUUUUUAUACAAAUUGCGUCUGAUUGCGAGACUGUUGAUCAGACUUCACAUUCAAUGUCGUUUAUAAGUGACGCGAAUGUGCUGGCUUUGCACAGAUUGCUGUGGAACCACCAGGAGAAAAUCGGGGAUUACUUGUCCAGCAGCCGGGAUCACAAGGCUGUGGGGCGAAGGCCUUUCGAUAAAAUGGCCACGCUGCUGGCCUACUUGGGACCCCCCGAGCACAAACCGGUGGAUUCGCAUCUUCUGUUUUCGUCGUACGCUAGAUGGAGCUCCAUCGACAUGUCUUCGACCAAGUUUGAAGAACUGAUGGUGAAGCACAAUAUGCACGAAAAAGAGGAGUUCAAGUCGAUCAAAUCGUUGAAUAUUUUCUACCAAGCUGGGACUAGCAAAGCCGGGUUUCCCGUCUUCUACUACAUUGCCCGCAGAUACAAGAUUGGGGAGACGAAUGGAGACAUGCUUAUUUAUCACGUUAUAUUGACAUUGAAGCCUUUCUGCCAUUCACCGUUCGAAUUAGUUGUCGAUUUCACACACACUUGCUCAGAUAAUAGAUUUAGGACUGAAUUUUUACAAAAGUGGUUCUAUGUUCUGCCUGAAGUUGCCUACGAAAAUAUCCAUGCCGCUUAUAUUUAUAAUUGUAAUAGUUGGGUGCGCGAAUACACUAAAUUCCACGAUAGAAUUCUAGCACCUCUCAAGGGCAAUCGCAAACUGAUAUUUAUCGAUGCGCCUAACAAGUUAACCGAAUUCAUAGAACUCGAUCAACAGAAAUUACCUGGUGCUACGUUAAGCCUCGAUGAAGAUUUGAAAGUUUUCAAUAACGCGUUAAAAUUGUCACAUAAAGACACCAAAGUUGCAAUAAAAGUGGGACCCACAGCCAUUCAGAUAACUUCAUCAGAGAAAACCAAGGUUUUGUCGCAUUCGGUUUUGCUUAACGACGUUUAUUACGCUUCCGAAAUCGAAGAAGUUUGUUUAGUUGAUGACAAUCAGUUUACUCUGACGAUAGCGAACGAAAGUGGUCCUCUUAGUUUUAUUCAUAACGAUUGUGAUAGCAUAGUACAGGCAGUGAUACAUAUACGGAAUCGGUGGGAGCUCAGCCAACCCGACUCGGUAACCGUGCAUCAAAAAAUUCGACCAAAGGACGUACCGGGAACAUUACUAAACAUGGCGCUCUUGAAUUUGGGCUCGUCGGACCCGAACUUGCGCACAGCUGCGUAUAACCAGUUGUGUGCGUUGACUGCAACUUUCGAUUUAAAAAUCGAAGGCCAGUUGCUGGAAACGCAAGGUUUGUGCAUACCUUCGAACAACACGAUUUUCAUCAAGUCGGUGUCGGAGAAAUUGGCCACGAAUGAGCCACACUUGACUUUGGAGUUCCUGGAGGAGUGCAUCCAGGGCUUCCGCGUUUCCAGCAUCGAGUUGAAGCACUUGUGUUUGGAGUACAUGACGCCGUGGUUGGCCAAUUUGGUCAAGUUCUGCAAACCGUCGGAGGAGAAUAAGCGGCAGAAACAGGUGGCGCAGAUUUUGGAGAAGUUGAUUUUGUUGACUAUUGAGGAGGUGGAGAUGUAUCCGUCAAUUCAGGCGAAGAUCUGGGGCUCGAUUGGCCAAGUCCCUGAGUUGAUUGAUAUGGUUUUGGAUAAUUUUAUCCACAGGUCGGUGAAUUCGGGCUUGGGCUCGCCGAUGGUCGAGAUAAUGGCCGACACUGCCGUCGCGCUGGCGUCGGCGAACGUGCAGUUGGUGGCGAAGAAAGUGAUCGGAAGGCUGUGUCGAGUUGUCGAUAAGACGUGUCAGUCGCCCACUCCGCUCUUAGAACAACACAUGAUGUGGGACGAUAUUGCGAUCUUAGCGAGAUAUUUGUUGAUGUUGUCGUUUAACAAUUGUCUAGAUGUUGCUCGUCAUUUGCCAUACUUGUUCCAUACAGUAACUUUCUUGGUGUGUUCCGGGUCGCUGAGUAUGAGAGCCUCGACUCACGGACUCGUUAUUAAUAUUAUUCACUCUCUAUGUACCUGUACGAAACCAUCUUUUUCGGAAGAAACCCAAAGAGUUUUACGCUUAUCUUUAGAUGAAUUUUCUCUACCAAAAUUCUACUUGUUAUUCGGUAUAAGUAAGGUCAAAUCAGCAGCAGUGACUGCGUUCAGGUCCAGCUACCGGCACCCAAACGAGCGGUGGUUUGGGACGGAGCGGAGCUUCUCGGGGGCUUCCGCCGACAGGGAGCGGCUCUCCCUGACCUCGCUCGAGGUCAUAACCGACGCUUUACUCGAGAUCAUGGAGGCGUGCAUGCACGACAUCCCCAACUGUGAUUGGCUGAACAGUUGGACUUCGCUGGCGAAAAGUUUCGCCUUUUGUUUCAAUCCCGCCUUACAACCCAGAGCACUCAUCGUUUUCGGUUGCAUUAGCAAGAGCAUAACGGACCAUGACAUGAAGCAGCUGUUGCGAAUCCUGGUCAAAGCUUUGGAAAGUUUCAGUGAUAUCGUGCUCAUUGAAGCGCUGGUCAUGUGCCUGACCAGACUGCAGCCUCUUCUGAGGCCCGAAUCUCCCAUACAUAAAGCCUUGUUUUGGGUCGCGACUUCGGUUCUGCAACUGGACGAAGUGUCUCUGUACGCCUCAGGCUUAGCCUUGUUAGAGCAAAACUUGCAUACUUUAGAUUCUCAGGGAAUUUUCGAAGACAAGACGCUUGAGAACGUGAUGAUGUCGACGCGCGAGCCGCUUGAGUGGCACUUCAAGCAACUGGACCACGCUGUGGGGCUUAGCUUUAAGGCGAAUUUUCAUUUUGCUUUAGUAGGACAUUUGCUCAAGGGAUACCGCCAUCCCACACCAACCACCGUUUCACGCACCUCAAGAGUGUUAACUAUGCUGCUAGCUAUAGUAGCAAAGCCGCACAGGAGAGACAAGUUUGAAGUAACGCCGGAUAGUGUCGCGUAUCUGACCGCUCUGGUUGGUGUGUCUGAGGAAGUUCGAAGUCGUUGUCACAUCAAACAUUCGCUUUCGAGAAACAUGUCGGAUUCGAUAUCGCAGGAAAACUUCAUGAAUGAAAACAUGGCAAACAUGUCUCACCAAAGUAACUCAGGAAAUGUCACAAAUACGGGUAGUGGUGUAAACCGCCGGCAAAAAUCAUGGGAUCUUUUGGAUCAGUCGGCCAUUGCUCAAGCCAGACAGCACAAGCAACCACCACAACACCAGGUUGAAAAUUCGACAGCCAGUAAAGGCUGGCGAAGUCUAGACUUAUCCCAGAGCCCGGGACCUCAGGCAAACGGGGGCCUGACCCGGCCUCUGUAUCGCACCCAGCGUUCUAGUUCGGUACCCGUUCAGCAGAACCCAACACCCAAUGCAUUAAACAGUGAGACACAUAGCCAGCCCGUGCCUCCUAUUAAAAACCGCAGUACAAGGGUUUCAGUAAGCAACGAAAAUAACGUCCUCCUUGAUCCUGAAGUUCUAACAGACUUUUCAACUCAGGCCUUAGUUUUAACCGUCUUAGCAACUCUCGUUAAAUAUAGCACCGACGAAGCUGAAACUAGAAUAUUAUAUCAGUAUCUUGCCGAAGGAGCCGUAGUUUUCCCGAAAGUAUUUCCCGUAAUUUAUAACUUGUUGGAUAUGAAAAUAAACAAUGUUUUGACGUCUUGCCACGACCAAAUAAUCUUAAGUGCGGUCAGGAGUAUCAUUCAGAAUAUGAUAGCAUGUGAGGACACCAGCCAACAACAACUCCACUAUUUGCAAAGUUGUGGCUUUGGGGGUCUCUGGCGCUUCGCUGGACCAUUUAACAAGUACAACAAUACGGCCGAGAGUAGCGAACUGUUCGUAAACUGCUUAGAAGCGAUGGUUGAAACAUGUCUUCCUAUUGAAGAAUCUGAAGGAGAGAAUGGUGAAAUGCAGCAAUAUCCUUCAAUGUUAAGUGUUAGUUCAAACAUGAACCUUUCCUCUAGUCUUUCUAGCCUUACUUUGGGUUCACCGACGGAAAAAGAGAUUACGAGGGAUUUAGAGGGGGGAAGCACAACUUCACUGGGGCGGGCUUCAUUCAGCAAACAACGCAGUUUGAAGACUAAGACGCAUCUGCAUUCGGAAGGAUCAUCUAUUCAUAAAUAAAAUUCUUAGCCACCGGACGAAUAUUUUUUUGUAGGAGAAUUUAACGCACUCGGAUAAAUUCUUCUACGGUUUUAAAGGGAUAUGUGAAAACACACUACGAAACGAUUACUUAUUGUGUUUGCCUGUAAUUAUUUUAGAUCGUACGGCAUUUAGUAUUAUUCUUUAAGACGACGCAAUACCAAAAAUUAUUUCUUUAUUUUACGCACUUAUUCCGUGAUUAAUCUCUAUGUAAGUCAGUGUACUUGUUGUCACAUUUUGUGUUCAUUUUUCAACAUUCAACUUUGUUAUAUAUAGUUGUAAGUAUCCAUCAGUAUUUUUAACGUUAGUUUUUAAUUUGCCUCUUCUUCUCUUUAGUUCCUAUAUUAAUGACACGGGGCAGCCCCUAUUUGAUUAAUGCCUGAGUUACGUAACUACAAAUUAUUUUGUUUGACAGUAUGUGAUACGUAUACGCUGGACAAGGUGCCCCUGUAUGAUUAAUUUUGACAAUUUUUCACAUAUCCAUUUCUACUGUCAUUGUUAUCUGAUGUACAAAUCUCUAGAACCCUAUAUAACAACUAGUUAAAGUAUUGUUUUUAUCCAGUGUUUUAUAUUUGUUUGCUGUACGGUGGUGUUUCGAUAACACUACGUUAGGGACCAGAGUCAAACCUUGUACGAAUUGUUAGGAAACGUCUUAAAACUUUAUUUUUACAUGCAGUGAAAGUGGAGUUUUAUUCGAUUGUGAUCGUAAAAACAUCGUUUUACUUCACUCGUUAUGGAAGCCCCACCGUGCACGUGAUUGUUUUAAAAAUAAUUUGAUUAUUUAAACUCAACUCUUGUUUGUAUCUACAUAAAAAUUCUAUUUGUGAUAGAUUAAUGUAUAAAUGAAAAUAUGUAUGUUUCUUAAAUAUGGCAAAUGUUUGUAUCUAUGAUAUUACAUAAUAUAAGUCAA